AUGAUAAAUUUACAUUUACUCCAUAGACUUUCUUCAAGAUCAUUACCAAGAUUAUAUAAUUCUACAAAAAUCUUCAAAAUGUCUGAACCACUAAUACCAAAUGAUUCAGUCAACAUCGUUAACAAAAGGGCAAUUAAUUCGAAUUCUCAAAAUAGUAUAAAAUCGAAAAAACCAAAAUUGAAAAAAUAUAAAGCCAAGAAAGUUGAUUCAACAUCACCUUUAGGUGUUUUACAAUUCGAGAUUGAUGAAUUAUUAAAUGAAAAAAAACUAAAUCGUGGUGAUAUACAAAAUGAUAUCUCAUCUAUUUUAAAUGAUUUCACAAAGGAUGAAAAUUCUAUUUCAAAUAAAUAUCAUCGUGAAGUACAAAACGUUGAAGUUUUAAAAAUUGGCGCCAAUGGUGAUGGUUUGGCCCUUAUCAAAAAUCCUGUAGAAUCAGAAAAAUUUCAAAUUGUUACUGUACCUUUCGGUUUACCUGGUGAUAUUGUAGAUAUUAAAGUAUUCAAGACUCAUCCACAUUAUGUAGAAAGUGAUUUAUUGAAAGUUGUCAAGGGAUCUUCAAUGCGGGAUGAUAGUUUGAUCUCUUGUAAGUAUUUUGGUAAAUGUUCAGGUUGUCAAUUCCAAUUUUUAACUUAUGAACAACAAUUGAAUCUAAAAAAGAAUACAGUUAUUAAUGCAUACAAAUUUUUUGCUCCAAAAUUAUUAGCUGAAAAUUUAAUCCCAACCGUUGGCGAGACAAUCGGUUCCCCAUUGAAACUUGGUUACAGAACAAAGCUAACUCCACAUUUUGAUGUCCCAAGAAAAGUAAAACAAUUAGAAGAAAAACCACCUCUAGGUUUUGGUCAAAAAGGUAGACCAAAAUGGAGAAGUCAAACACUUGCCGAAGGUGGAAGCGGUUCCAUUCUAGAUAUUGAAGAAUGUGUCAUCGGAACCUCUAUAAUUAAUGAAGGUAUGUGCAACGAGAGAAAGAGAUUUGAUAAAGAAUUCACUAAAUAUAAGAAAGGUGCAACCAUAUUAUUGAGAGAAAAUACUACCAUUUUAGAUACAGAAAAGCCAGUUUACGAACAGUUAGAUGAAGGUUCUACCGAUAUCGACAAGGAGGAUAAAAUUUCCUAUGUUGAAGUUGAGGACAAAGAACAUGAUAAAAAACUAGCAAAGACUUGUGUAACCAAUACGAGACAAAUUGUUAAGGAAUACGUAGAUGGGUAUACCUUUGAAUUCAGUGCUGGUGAAUUUUUCCAAAAUAAUAAUUCAAUAUUACCAGCAGUUACCAAAUAUGUUCGUGAUAAUUUACAAUUACCAAAUAGUGACACUUUACCACGUUACCUAGUUGACUGUUACUGUGGUUCAGGUUUAUUCAGUAUUUGUUCUUCAAAAGGUGUCGAUAAAGUUAUUGGUGUUGAAAUUUCUGCUGAUAGUGUUUCAUUCGCAGAAAAGAAUGCUAAGAACAAUGGUAUUGACAAUUGUAGAUUUAUUGUCGGUAAAGCUGAAAAAUUAUUUGAAUCUAUAGAUGUUCCAAAGGAUAGAACCAGUGUAAUUUUAGAUCCUCCAAGAAAAGGUUGUGAUGAAUUAUUUUUGACACAAUUAUCCUCAUAUUUCCCAGCCAAGAUAGUUUACAUUUCCUGUAAUGUGCAUUCACAAGCAAGAGACGUUGAGUUUUUCUUAAAAAAUACAGAAAAUGGAUCUCAUUAUAAAAUCGAAAGUUUGAGAGGUUUUGAUUUCUUCCCACAAACCCAUCACGUAGAAAGUGUAUGUGUACUAUCAAGAAUAUGA